CUAAUAUACAAAGGUCAGACAUUGAGUAAUAAUUGAUAAUACAAUAUUCAAUGGUUCAAAAUUAAAUUGAAGAUUAAAACUGCCGCCUCGUGAGCUUACACCAAUCAGCAUUACGUUUGUUUCAAAAUUGAUUCGCGCAGACGUAAAACGCAAUUUGGCGAGACAAGAUCUUCUCACGGUUUGCGCGAGAAAUCUAAGAGUCGAAUAUCGUAUGGAAUUGUUGUAAAAUGAUUCCAACAAUGCUACGUUGCGAGAUAUUCUAACUUCCGAUUGAUUCGUUGCUAAUAGAUUUGGGGGCAUUAUUCCGACACUUUGGACCUACUCGCGUUGAUAUGGAUUUGACUGGAAGGAGAGCAAAUCAUCGGUCAUUGUUCAAACCUCGAACGCGAAAAGAGGACGAUGAUGAGUUAACUGAAAGUGUUGUUAUUUCAGCGAGGAAGAGUGGUCAGCUAAAUUUAUCGGCCAAAGGACUGUCCUCUGUGCCAUCAAAAGUGUGGGUAAUCAAUGAGCUGACAUGUGAAGAAUUGAAAACAUUAGAUGUUACUCUAGGCUUUGAUGAAGGGAAGGAACGAUGGUGGGAACAAGAACAGCUGACAACUCUAAAUUUGAGUUCCAACAGCUUGACAAAACUUGAUCCACAAGUGCAGCUCUUAUCGGAGCUUAACUUCUUGGAUCUACACGACAAUGUCAUUCAGUAUAUACCACGUGAAAUUGGAAACUUGAACAAACUGAGACAUUUGAAUCUAGCUGUCAACAGAAUACACACGUUACCCCUUGAUAUGUAUAAGUUAUGCGAGCUGCGCUUCUUAGACCUUGGAAAUAAUCUGUUGAAAAAUAUCGAUGCUGCUAUUGGAGACCUGAUUAUGCUCGAACAUUUGAAUCUAUCGUGUAACAACUUAACAACCUUACCUGUUGGAAUGGGGUACCUGGUACGUUUGACCAGUCUCGAAUUAAGUCACAAUAUGCUCAAAGAGUUGCCUCCAGAUAUAACGAGCAUGAGAGCAUUGAAAAAGUUGGAUGCAAGCUUCAAUCAAAUAGAAGAUGUUCCUCCUAUGGGUGAGCUACGGAGAAUGGAGGUUCUUGUUCUCCAUACAAAUAAUUUGAGCACUUCGCCGGACACAAAUGGUUGUACUGCCUUGCGGGAGCUGCAUUUGGGCAAUAACAAAAUAAGUGCAAUAAAUGUGUCGUCUUUGGAAAGUAUGUCACAUUUGAAGACGCUGACUUUGGGGAACAACAAGAUCCGAAUAAUUCCCGAUGAAAUCAUACAACUCUGCAACCUGGAACGAUUGGAUUUAUCCAACAACAACAUUGUUAACAUUCCUUUCUGCAUAAGUUUAAUGCCUAAUCUGCAUACUUUUCUCAUUGACGGAAACAACGUUCGCAACGUUAGGCGUGAUGUAAUUCAGUGUGGUACAUCUAGACUCCUGCGGUAUCUCAGAGAAAGCGUAAAUGUUGAGGACCUUCAAAACGGUGUGACAAGUUCACUAGUUUCAAACGAUACCGGUCUUUUUCCAGACAAGUAUGCUUUGAGGAUUGGAAAAUUGUUGAGUAUAGCUAAUCAAAAUUUGUGUGAGAUACCUGAUACUACCGCACAAGAUGCAUCUGAAGCGGAAGUAACGUGUAUUGAUUUGAGUAAAAAUCAGUUUAGAGAAUUACCAGCUAAAUUAUCCGUGGUGACUUCUGUCAGAGAAUUAAAAUUAGCACGCAACCGUUUAUUGUCCUUGCCUGAGUGGAUCGGAGAAAAAUAUCAACACAUGCAAUUUUUAGAUGUUAGCAAUAAUCAACUGACCACACUUCCUGGAACUCUCUCCACGUUGAAUUAUUUGAAGGAGAUAAAUAUGUCUUACAACAGAUUUGUUGAAAUUCCGGAAUGUAUCUACGAUCUUCCAGGAUUGGAAAUUCUGACUGUAAAUAACAAUCAGAUUGAGAAGAUUGAUGCGACUUUAUUGAGCAAGCUUCCAAGACUAGCGAAUCUUGAUUUAUCCAAUAACAAUAUUGGAUAUGUUCCACCGGAGCUCGGGAAUCUCAAAAAACUAACGUAUUUGGCAUUAUGUGGAAACUGUUUUAAGCAACCCCGGCAUGCAACAUUGACAAAAAGUACGGAAGAGGUCCUGGCAUAUCUUCGGGAUCGAAUUUCCUCUUAACCCUGUCACAAUUAUUUUGGACUAGGGUAGGUUGUUAGAUGAGAGAAAUUUUUUUUUUUAUAAAAUGUCUCAUCAAUGUUCUUUUGUUGCCAAAAUGAUCACGCCACUGUUCCAGUUUCGUCUGGUGACAUUCGUGGAGUUUCUAAUGCUUCUUCAAUAUUUAAAACGUGACGAUUAGAUGCACGUCAUCGAUUGAACGAAUCGUAAACAGCAAAAUGCUAAUAUUGGGGCAGAAAUAAUAUCAUAUAUUCGGUGAGGGAACGUUUGCUAGAUAGUGUGAUAACUGAAUUAGUUCUUUUGCUUUGUCAGUCAUUAUCUACCUGAAAAAUGUACCUGAUCGUUGGCUCCAUUUGAUGUGACAAGAAAAACGAAUUGAUGAUGAAUCGUUGCUAAUUUCAUCAAAUAAAUUAUGUAAUCAAAAGUAAAGAGACUGUCGAACCAACCCCUAAGUAAAUGUACGCUUUUUUCUGCUUGUUUACAUUUUAAUGUGCCAGUGAAAACGCAAAUCAAUGUAACGCUUCCCGUCGGCUACGCGAAGAAAAUAUGUAUUAUAGGUAUAAUAAGAAUUAUCUGUGUAUAUUGUAUUCCCGUUGUUGAUGUUACCUAUUGUCGUAGUUAGAGAUCUCUGAAAAAUCAAUAGAUCAUAAGACGUAUACCGAAAUUGUCCUGUCUGUGUUAUAGGAAUAACAAUUUAUAGAACAAUUACCGAAUGUGAAUUCAUACUUGUUAGCAGCUAUAAUUCUUGACUAAUGUAUUUACAGAUGUACAUAUAAUGCUGUACAGAAAAUUUAAAAAUAUAUUUUAUUUAACGUAAAAA